UCGUUAGCCAAUCCUGGGUCCGCCCUUGUCCAAGUGCAUAACAAGCUAUGUAUCUAGAAAAGACAAAAUAUCCUGUAAUUUGGAAUGCGGGGAGUACGUAGUAAACUGAGAAUGAGGUCACUCAUCUUAUCUAUGGAUCUUUGGAAGUGUACGCCUCUUAUGCCCAUGAAGCUUAGGCUACGUUCUUGUCUUGGUAAUUGUCUAUUUGAGCAUUUGUCUUGCCAAAAAUUCCUGGGAAUAUGCAUGGCAAUGACUUGCAUCGUCACACCGUACCUGACGGAGAGCUCUGUCCCAGGGCCAAAUGACAAAUAAAACAGUCAGUAACUUAUCUAUGGCUUCUUGCUGAUACAUACAGUUCACUCUUGCUCUCAUCACAUAUUCCUCGUCAUAUUCUCCUAAGGGCACAAUAACUCCAAUGCAACACAACAUUCAAAUUAAUAGAUAUUCUCCAAUUUUUUGGCUUGACAUGCUGUGUGCACACUUAUAUAAGACUAGGAGUAGCUGAUAGCUUUGCAAUAUCACUCAACACAUGUGUGUGCAUAGAUCAUAGGAAACUUUGUUUUAGUUACUAAACUAUAUGCAUAUAUAUAGGUUAGUAGAAAUUAAGGUAUAAAGAGAGAUCAGUUAUAGUAUGUUAGAGAGAUGUCUCUGGAGCUGAGGUGAAAACUGAGAAAUGGCUGACCAAACCACAGUGAGCGUUGAAGAGCAGAGGCAGGUGGCCAUCAGCGUGUUGUGCUCGACGCCAAGUGAGCGGAGCCUCGCCGUCGCCGUCGCCGCCGGCGGCAGCGCCUCGACCCCGAGAUCCAACACCAGCAAACAGCUGGUGCCGCUGGACUCCCUGCAGAAACUGAUGCUCAAGUCGCCGCCGCAGGCUGACGUGGUGGAAGACGACGAGCAAACGCAGCUGGUGCCGCUGGCGAAGAAGGUGGCGGCGGAGUUCAUCGGCACGUUCAUCCUCAUGUUCGCGGUGGUGUCCACCAUCGUGGCGGACGCGCAGCACGGCGGCGGCGCGGAGGGCCUGGUGGGCGUGGCGGCGUCGGCGGGGCUGGCGGUGGUGGCCGUGGUGCUCGCCGUCGUGCACGUCUCCGGGUCGCACCUGAACCCGGCCGUGAGCCUGGCCAUGGCCGUGUUCGGCCACCUCCCGCGCGCGCACGUGCUCCCCUACGCCGCCGCGCAGACCAUGGGGUCCCUCGCCGCCACGUUCCUCGCCAAGGCCAUGUACCGCCCCGCCGACCCCGCCGUCAUGGCGACCGUGCCCCGCGCCGGCGUCGGCGCCGCCCAGGCCUUCUUCCUCGAGCUCGUGCUCACCUUCGUGCUCGUGUUCGUCAUCACCGCCGUCGCCACCGACCCGACCUCGAGCAAAGAGCUGGUGGCCAUCGCGAUCGCGGCGGCGAUAAUGAUGAACGCUCUCAUCGGAGGGCCGUCGACGGGGCCGUCGAUGAACCCGGCGCGGACGAUCGCGGCGGCGCUGGCGACGGGGAAGUACAAGGACAUCUGGGUCUACCUGCUGGCGCCGCCGCUGGGGGCCAUUGCAGGAGCUGCCACCUACACCCUCAUCAAGCCCUGAUCCAUCGCGUCCGGCGUCCGCGUGAUGCAAAUAGCAAGAACAUUAUUGGCGCUAAUUAAAAUGCCAAGGUUUUAAAAUUUAAUGACGAGGGCAAGGGAGGAGGAGGGAUUCAUAAGCUAGCUAUAUAUGCAUGCCAGAAAUGAUUACAAAAUUUUACACAUUUUUUUUGUACAAAUACUAAUGUUUACGAAUGCAAAGGUUUAUUGGGACGCACGGAUAUCCACUUAGUCCACAUGUUCUAUAGUGAAUUUGGAUGAAUAUGAGCGUAUUCAAACAAGGCGUAAAGGAUGGUAAGACUUUUUAUAGGACAUCAUAAUUAUGAAACAUACUUAGCAUAUCUUGUGUAAUAUAUGUUUUUUUAGGAAAUCUUGUGUAAUA